AUGGAGUUCAUAGUGAGCAGUGAGGUCAUUCUCUCAGUUUACAUUAUUUCCUUCCUGAUCGGCUUCCCCUGCAAUCUCAUCGCUCUCUGUGCAUUUAGUGUGAAGAUCCACUCAAAGCCACUUCUAUCAGACAUCCUGCUGCUCAAUCUGACCGUCUCCGACCUGCUCUUCUUGAUCAUCCUGCCUCUCAAGAUGUACGAGGCCGCAUCUGGUAUGAAAUGGAAUCUGCCAAACUUCAUGUGCUCCAUCACUUCCUUCAUCUUUUUCUCCACAAUCUACACCAGCUCCUUCCUGCUGAUGGCAGUCAGCGUGGUCCGCUACAUAGGAGUAGCAUACCCUAUCACCUAUCAUCAGCUGCAUAAACCCGUGUAUGCAAUUGUUAUUAGCUCUGUUAUUUGGCUGAUCUCAGCAGCACACUGCAGCAUCACUUUCAUCAUCCAACACCACCCAUCUCUGGCCAGCAAAAACUCCAGUGUAUGCUAUGAACACUUUACAGAGAAGCAGUUGGGGGUCCUACUGCCUCUACGUGUGGAGUUUUUCUUUGUACUCUGCCUCAUACCUCUUCUAAUUUGUAUUUACUGCUACUUGCGCUGCAUCUUGAUUCUGUACAGCCGCCCCAAUAUAUCCCAGAUGCAGAAACAGAAGGCCAUGGGCAUGGCUUUGGGGACUCUUGCUGUGUUCCUCAUUUGUGUUCUGCCGUACAAUUUAUCUCAUAUAGUGGGUUAUUUCCAGGGAAACAGUCCGGAGUGGAGAUACUACACACUGCUGCUUAGCUGUUUCAACACCUGUAUUGAUCCCAUCAUCUUCUAUUUUUCCUCCUCCACCUUCCGAUUCUCAAGUGAAAAGUUCAUUUUCAGGGAGUGGUGGCUCAUUGUUUCAAAAUUGCAAGGGAAGGUCACCACCUCUAGCUAA